UGCUUGCCACAAACUGUUGGAACAGCUGUUGCACUCCCAUCUUUUUCAGAGGCGAAGAACAGUUCCUCCCUUCUCGCGUCCGAAGUCUGAAUCUGAGAACAGGAAUGGAUCCUCCGUUUAAGCCUAGUUUUCCAGAAAAUUUGAUGCACAAAAACCGGUUACAUGAAUAUGCACAAAAAUCAGCUAUCCCACUUCCUGUUUAUAGCUCUGUUAAUGAGGGAGCUCCGCAUGCACCAAAGUUCAGGUCUACAGUUUUGAUUGAUGGAGAAACUUAUACAUCAUUUAGGACAUUCUCAAAUCGCAAAGCUGCAGAGCAUGAUGUUGCAAAAGUUGCAUAUGAGCAUAUACAGAAAAAAAUUAAAGAAAGUUGUCCUAUAAUUCUUGAGGAUCUGGAUUCAAAGAGGACAAUUGGGAGUGGUCGUGAAGUGAAUGGGAUCUACCUCUUGGAUGCUCUUCCUCUUCACCAAAGUCAUAAUGUUUGUAGGGACAGUGAGUAAAAAUCUGUGGAUCAG